UGUCGGCGUUAACCCCGACUGUCUCCUCUCCUAUUUAUACCCUUCAAACCCUAACAUUCUCUUUCAACUCUCUAUUCUUAAGACUCGACUCUCCCCCACUUCCCCAACACCCAUGGCUGUCGACGCCCUCCAACUUCGUCGUCAUUCUCUCUCCGGACCUCCCUCCGAUCCUCCUCCGCUCCCUCCCAAGGCCGUCCGUUUCGGCGGUGUCGCCUCUAAGGAGGCGCAUUUUAGAGGCGUGCGUAAGCGUCCCUGGGGCCGCUUCGCCGCGGAGAUCCGCGAUCCCUGGAAGAAGACCCGAAGGUGGCUCGGAACCUUCGAUACCGCCGAGGAGGCUGCUCGGGCCUACGAUGAGGCUGCCAGGAGUCUUCGUGGACCCAGGGCAAAGACGAACUUCAUCUAUGCCGCUGUGCCUGUCGCUCCGUCGGUCCCAAUGCCACCGGUGGCAGCUUCCACGGCUAGUGGCGGUGAUCGAGAUAGCGGGCAGAUGUUGGGGAGGCGCGUGGAGUUUUGGAGGCCUCCGUUGCAUUGCGUGGCGGAUGCUACGGUGGGAGUGCCGGUGAGAUCGGAGUACAAGGGAUACAAGUUGGAGAAUGUGGAUGUGGUGGUGAGCGAGGAGAGAAAGUUGCGGAAACAGGAGAAACCGUUAAUGCUCGAUCUUAACCAACCACCGCCACUCUUCUGAGGCCUUUCGAUGCUGUCAGGACAGCGUUAUGAUCUAGGCUUCUUGACGGUUGGCGAUAAGGACUUCGAAGAUCUUUGAUUUUUUUUUUUUUUUGGGCGAAUGACUGGGGGUUGAGUAUUGCCCUGGUGAUGUACAGUAGAAAGUGCAGGAUUUUGUAAACGGGAGUCAUUGUAACCUGAAUCAAAGGUCCAAAUGCAUAUGUAUCUACUAUAUGUAUGUAUGUAUGUAUUGCCCUGAGUUUAUCAUCACAACGCUGUUUCGUUUGUGUCUAUUUGUUCAUUAUUAUAAUCCGUUUUGGUCCUGCCAACUGAAAAGCUACAUAGGACGAAAAUUUGUAUAGUUGAAGGAUGGAAGCUAAAUUUGCUGAAGAAAGUGGGAUCUGGCUUCAUAGUUCAUGGAGGAAGACAGCAAGUCACGGACUUCUCAUUUCCUUUUGUUUUGACCAAAAUUAAUGGAACUGAUUUUGGCAUGGACUCAUGCCUUCUGAAAGGGGGACCAGGUAAAAUCAACGGUAGAUCGGGUCGUAGCCUGUAACGUCACUCGUGGCGCCUCAUUUUCAUGACUAAUAAACGAUCGGGCUUACUUUACGCACGUAGAAAAUAUUUUUAUGAUGGGACUGUAAAUGACGCGUAUUACGACUCUUAUUGAUGAUAAAUUUUUUC